CGACCUGUGUCUAUCUGAAUAGUCUAACUAUCGGUACGAGGCUAUACAGCCACGGCAGAAUGAUGCCGAAUGCAAGUUCAUGGCGCCCUCAUCGUCCACCUGACCCAAACGUCAACUGGACAUGCAGUCCAAAACAGCGGAUUGUAUUCUGCAAGACACACAAGACCGGUUCGACAACCACUGCAGCUCUUCUGGAAAGGUUCGGUUACCGCCGAAACCUGAGUUUCGCUAUGGGUAGAAACAGUCAUAUUAUCUCCCACACUAAACUAUUUCAUCAUUCUAUGGCUUUCAAAAUUCCUAAUAGAACACGCCAAGACUUUGAUUUCCUGGUAAACCACAUUCGCUUCAAUAGAAAAGAGAUGGAUAUUUCGGUGCCGAACGCUAAGUAUAUUUCGCUAAUUCGAAACCCGAUAACCCAACUCGAAUCUGAAUUCGGAUACUUCGAAAUGGCCGAUAAGCUCAAGAUCAAAACCAAAAAUCCGUUCAUGACCUUCAUCUCGAAUCCGCAGAAAUAUUAUCACAUGAAUUCAAAUAUGUGGUUUCGACGGAGAAACGGACAGUUAUACGAUUUGGGACUCGAUCAUAAAUACGAUGAGAAUUUCACAGUCAUCAAGGACAAAAUUCAACAAUUAUCCACCGAAAUAGAUCUCAUGAUGAUGAACGAAUAUUACGAUGAAUCAAUGAUUCUUCUGAAAAGGAUGAUGUGUUGGGAUUUUGAGGACGUUCUUUACAUAAAGCUUGGAGUUCGGAGCGGCUCGCACCGUUAUCCCCUAACUGCAGGCGCCGUGGAGAAAAUCAAGGUAUGGAACGCCGGCGACGUGAUGCUCUACGAUUAUUUCAAUCGCACUUUUUGGCAGAAAGUUCGCGCUUACGGCUCGACAUUCUCCCAUGACCUCGCCCAUCUGCGGACCAUGCUACGUUAUGUGUCUGAUAAAUGUAUACACUCUGAUAAGAAAAACCUUAAAGAUAAACGGGUCGAACAAUUCGUCCUUUAUCCUAACACAUCGAAAUAUUGUACAGAUUUGAUACGCGACGACGUCCAAUACACAAAGCUGAUAAGGAACGAGAUGAUCGAACGGGGUCGGCUUGAGUUUGAGAACAAAAAUCGUUCACUCGGAUAGGACAGUAAACUGUUGAAUAUUGUAACAUUUACUUUCUCUUGAGUAGUAUCUAUGAAUAGAAAUGUGACACGAGGAGAAUGUAUUACCGCAAACUUAUACAUUUAUACACACCAACAUGUAUCACCAAACAUUUAGAGAUCUUCUCACUAUAAACAUGACGGACAAAGAAAGAGGACAAAAUAUACAGUUCCUCAGGUAGACAAAGGAACAUCCCUUCACUGCUAUUAUGUAAAAAUGU